AUGAAAUGGAAAGAAAUUAAAGAAGAGUUUGAAGCUACCGCCAAACGGAAAAUUUCACAUAAAAGUUUAAAGAAUAAGUGGGAUGCUAUGAAAAAAGAAUGGAGAACUUGGAAGCAGCUGAAACGUGAAGAAACUGGUUUAGGGUGGGAUCCUAGUACACAUAAGAUUAGUGGCUCUGAUGAAUGGUGGGAGAAAAAAAUCAAGGAGAACUCCGAGUAUAAAAAAUUUCGUAAUAAAUCCAUCGAUCCUGCAAUGGAUGAUUUGUGGUCUAAAUUAUUUGAAGAUAGCUAUGCAAAUGGUGAAGGUUGUGUUGCACCCACUAUGGAUCCUCAAUUAGUGCAACCUGUGGAUAUUGAGGAUGAAAAUAUAGAAAGUGAAGAAGAGAAUAGGACUAGGCAAAGAUUUGAAGAUUUGUUAUAUUCUCAGGAUAACCAACAUUCUUUCCCAAUUGCAUGA